UGUGUAUGCAGCGCAUCUUUCUUAUCAGGUAAUGUCAGUCACGUCAAAAGGCGGAGAUCUCACUCAUGAGUUCCGUUCAUGGAUCUGCCUGAUGUCCUGCUGCUGUCUGUGUUCCAUGGUUGGCUGCAGCAUGGCACUGCGUGCGGCGGGCCUUCUCGUGUUCAGGCGGCAUCAUGCACCAGCUGCAGGGACCAUCAAGAAUGAGUCGAUAGAGUAUCUGAUGAUGCAGACGUCAUAUGGAGAACUCCACUGGACACCGCCCAAAGGUCACACACACAGCACAGAUACUGCACACACAGAAGGCAGGCAGCUGCAGUGCAGGGGCGUCUUCUACGUGUGUCUGUGCGUGUGUCGGCGUAGGUCAUGUUGAUCCCGGUGAGAGUGAUCUGCAGACAGCAUUGCGCGAGACCGAGGAAGAGGCCGGGCUGACCAACGGCAGGGACGUCAGGCUCUAUGAUUGGAACAAGGUGCGUGUGUGGGGAUGGCCUGCAUGCAUCUCUGAUGAUUGACCAUGUGUGCUGCCUGUGAACGUGCAGGAGCUGAAAUAUGAGGUGCGUGGCCGGCCCAAGUCAGUGAUAUACUUUCUUGCUGAGCUCGUCAACAGUGACGCCACAGUGCGCCUGUCUGACGAGCACCAGGCAUACAGGCAAGCUUCGCCACCCACCUGACCAAUCGCACGACUGUGGAACGAGUGAAUGAAUGAGUGAAAAGUGAUCUUUGCGUGUGUGCGUGCAGGUGGGCUGCGUUGAGUGAGGCGUGUGAGCUGGCUAAGUAUCGUGAUAUGGUUGAGACGCUGCAACAGGCAGAUGCCUUCCUCAGACAAAGGGACGAAAGCAGACCAACGGGGUGAAUGAAAA